GGACACCAAGCGAAGGCCACGGAAUUUCGCAAUAUCUCCCAAAUGCCUGGAAAUGACCACCAUGAUGCCAGUCUUAUUUCAGGAGACGCGGGCCGGACUAUGAAGGUGGAAGACACCUGUGGUAAAUGAAGGCUUAGCGGGGAGAAGCGGCGGGACGGGCGAUUCUCUUCUAAGCCCAAGACACUCUCCAGGCGGGCAGCGGGCGACCCGCUGGUCGAGGGGGCGGGGCCUCGCGUAGACCCGCCCCGGACCUUUGUGACGUAGGACAAUGCCUGCCACGCGUCCGAAUUCGGUCCUUCCCGGAGAUCUACCAGCCGGCCGACCGAUGCGCGGUAGGGCUUACCCGAGGCCUGGGGGUUCUGCUUUGCGAACCAUGCUUUUCCUAGUCAGACUAGCGGUUUUCCUCAGCCUGUGGGGCUGUUCCAACGGUCAGGGACAAACGGAAGACGGAAGCACGGAGGACGUGAAAAUAGAAGUUUUGCAUCGUCCAGAAAAUUGCUCCAAAACAAGCAGGAAAGGAGACUUGCUAAAUGCCCAUUACGACGGCUACUUGGCUAAAGAUGGUUCCAAAUUCUACUGCAGCCGGACACAGGAUGAAGGCCACCCCAAAUGGUUUGUUCUUGGUGUUGGGCAUGUCAUAAAGGGACUGGACAUUGCUAUGAUGGACAUGUGCCCUGGAGAGAAGAGAAAGGUGAUCAUACCUCCUUCAUUUGCAUAUGGAAAAGAAGGCUAUGAAGGCAAGAUUCCACCCAAUGCAACACUGAUGUUUGAGAUUGAACUUUAUGCUGUGACCAAAGGACCACGGAGCAUUGAAACAUUUAAGCAAAUAGACACGGACAACGACCGGCAGCUCUCCAAAGCCGAGAUAGAGCUUUACUUACAGAAGGACUUUGAAAAGGAUGCGAAGCCCCGUGACAAGUCAUAUCAGAAUGCAGUUUUGGAAGAUAUCUUUAAGAAAAAUGACCACAAUAGAGACGGCUUCAUUUCUCCCAAGGAAUAUAAUGUGCACCAACAUGAUGAGCUAUAAAUUUAUUUUACCUCUUUAUUUGUUAGUAACUUACUGUACUUCGAUUUAAAAAAAAAAAUCACUUUCUCCAAGUUCUAGUUGCCUGUUUUCCCUUAUGAGAAGAUAAUUUGUUUCCUUUAAUAAACAUAAUUUUGGUGUAAUAAUGUGAA